UGUAAAAAGCGCGUGCUGCAUAGGGAUGAGAGGUACUACUACGUGGCGCAGGUGGGCACGCUGAGUUCGCGGCGGGGCAGGGGGUUGUGUCCGAUGGUUAUGAAGGGGGUGUUGGAGAGGGCGGGGAGGGAUGGCACGCCGGUUUGGUUGGAGGCGAGUUCAGAGGGGAGUAGGAGGGUGUAUGCGAGGUGUGGGUUUAGGGAUGUGGAGGGCGGGGAGGGGAUUUUGCUGGGGAAGGGGGAGUGUGGGAUGGAUGGGGAGAGGAAGGAGAAGGGGGAGGGGGUUAGGUGUUGGCCGAUGGUUUGGUGGCCUGAG